AUGCUUGCAAACUCCAAAUCUCCUCGCCACCAACCCGACAAAGCGGGUGACUCCAAUGUGACAGGCUUUAACUAUUUUGUAAAUAGUUUUGGCACCUCUCUGCUGCGGCUCGGUAUAAAUUCCACCUCCCGGCCCCAGCCCGUCACUGGCUCAAGCGGGUACUGGUAUAACUGGCAGCAGACUACCCAGCUGAUGAUGGCUUCCGAGCACCAAAUGCCAGCCUCCAAGCAGCAGCAAGCCAGCUCCAAGAUUGCCAUCUUCGAGCAGGAGAACUUCCAGGGCCGCUGCCAUGAGCUCAGCGGGGCCUGCCCCAACCUGAAGGAAGCCGGCGUGGACAAAGUGGGCUCCAUCCUGGUGCACUCCGGACCUAUCCGCAGUGUUAUGCAGAAAUACCUCGAAGAAAGGGGUGAAUUAACCUUCGACAAGAUCUUUCAUCAGAGAAUUGGAUUUCUGCUCUUUAAAGACUAUUGCAUGAAUGAGAUCGAUGAAGCUGUCCCUCAGCUGAAGUUCUAUGAAGAGAUCAAGGAGUACGAGAAGCUGGACUCGGAGGAGGAGCGGCUGUCGCGGAGCCGGCAGAUCUACGACACUUACAUCAUGAAGGAGCUGCUCUCCUGUUCCCACCCUUUCUCAAAGCAAGCUGUAGAUCAUGUACAAACACAUUUAGCCAAGAAACAAGUGCCAGCCAGCCUUUUCCAGCCAUAUAUAGAAGAAAUUUGUGAUAGUCUCCGAGGAAAAAUAUUUCAAAAAUUUAUGGAAAGUGACAAGUUUACUAGAUUUUGUCAAUGGAAAAAUGUAGAGCUAAAUAUUCAUCUGACUAUGAAUGAUUUUAGUGUACAUAGAAUAAUAGGAAGAGGGGGAUUUGGUGAAGUGUACGGCUGCAGAAAAGCAGACACUGGAAAAAUGUAUGCAAUGAAAUGUUUAGAUAAGAAGAGAAUCAAAAUGAAGCAAGGAGAAACAUUAGCCUUAAAUGAAAGAAUUAUGCUGUCUCUUGUCAGUACAGGAGACUGUCCUUUUAUAGUCUGUAUGACCUAUGCCUUCCACACCCCUGACAAGCUCUGCUUCAUUCUGGACCUCAUGAAUGGAGGAGAUUUGCACUACCACCUCUCCCAGCAUGGAGUGUUUUCUGAAAAAGAGAUGAGGUUUUAUGCUACUGAAAUCAUCCUGGGGUUAGAGCACAUGCACAAUCGCUUCGUAGUGUACAGAGACCUGAAGCCUGCAAAUAUCCUGCUGGAUGAACACGGGCACGUGAGGAUAUCAGACCUUGGGCUGGCUUGUGACUUCUCCAAAAAGAAGCCACAUGCCAGUGUAGGAACCCACGGGUACAUGGCCCCCGAGGUGCUGCAGAAGGGCACAGCCUACGACAGCAGCGCCGACUGGUUCUCCCUGGGCUGCAUGCUCUUCAAGCUGCUGAGGGGGCACAGCCCUUUCAGGCAGCACAAAACCAAAGAUAAGCACGAGAUCGACCGGAUGACGCUCACCGUGAAUGUGGAGCUCCCGGAUUCCUUUUCUCCCGAGCUGAAGUCCCUUCUGGAAGGGCUCCUGCAGCGGGAUGUGAGCAAGAGGCUUGGAUGCCAAGGAAGAAGCGCACAAGAAGUAAAGGAACAUCCUUUCUUCAAAGGCAUUGAUUGGCAGCAAGUCUAUUUACAGAAGUACCCUCCCCCACUGAUUCCUCCCCGGGGAGAAGUCAAUGCAGCAGAUGCUUUUGAUAUUGGCUCGUUUGAUGAAGAGGACACUAAAGGCAUUAAGUUGCUUGAUAGUGACCAGGAGUUAUAUAAGAACUUCCCUCUGGUAAUAUCGGAGCGUUGGCAGCAAGAAGUAGCAGAAACUGUUUAUGAUGCAGUAAAUGCAGACACAGAUAAAAUUGAGGCCAGAAAAAGGGCUAAAAAUAAGCAGCUUGGCCACGAGGAAGAUUAUGCCCUGGGGAAGGACUGUAUCAUGCACGGAUACAUGCUCAAGCUGGGGAACCCCUUCCUGACUCAGUGGCAGCGGCGUUACUUUUACCUCUUCCCCAACCGGCUGGAGUGGCGAGGAGAAGGAGAGUCCCGGCAAAACCUGCUGACAAUGGAACAAAUUGUAUCUGUUGAAGAAACACAAAUUAAAGAUAAGAAAUGCAUCUUACUGAGAAUUAAAGGAGGAAAACAGUUUGUCCUACAGUGUGAGAGCGACCCCGAGUUUGUUCAGUGGAAAAAAGAGCUGACAGAGGCUUUCACCGAGGCCCAGAGGUUGCUGCGCCGGGCUCCAAAGUUCCUCAAUAAAUCCCGCUCCACGGUCGUAGAGCUCUCGAAGCCCCCGCUCAGCCACAGGAACAGCAACGGGCUGUAGGAGACACCGACCACGUUCCCACAGGGAGAGCUGCUUGGUGAACCUGCAGAGUGUCCCAGAAUCCUUGUGAACGAAUGACUUUGUGCAGUCCUGGGCGCGGGACGCGCUCGGAAGAGGAGGAGUUGGAUGUUUACAGCGUGGGGUCGCGUCAGGACUCUGUCUCCGGAGUUUGUGCGGACUGGAAGGGUGGCGGGGGUGUCCCUGCCCCCGGCAGCGCUGGAAGUCACCAAGCGGAGAGGCUGCUCCUUGCUCCCACGCGUCCCCACCCCCGGCGGGGCCCGGCUGAGCUCCGUCCCUCUGGAACUACUGAUGGAAGGAAGGAAGGAAGAGGCUUUUUCCCCGCCGUGCCCUGGCUCGGCGGCGCCGGGCCGGGGGUGGCGCGGGUGCUGCUGGCCGGGUGACGCUCCCGCGGUGACACCGACGGAGCCGGAGCUGCCGCCUGGCCGUGGUGGGUGCCCCUCACUCUGUCGUGUUGCCGUGUCCUUCCCGACCAUUACUGCUGACUUCUCUGAUAACCUUGCUCCAUACUGCUGAUGAUCAACAGUGUGACUCUGAUGCACUUCAAAGUACUGAAUUCUAACUGUCCUGUGGUUUAAAUGUUAUUGCUACUUCAUGGGAGCGUUGAACUCGAAUUAUUCCCUGGGUUUGCUGUACUCACUAAUAGUAGCUACCACCGUUUUGCUUCUUCUACGUAUAUGCAGUACUAUAACUGACACAAUAGAGUAAUAAUUGGUGAAGAGGAAUUUAUGGUAGCUUCAUCUAGUGCUCUGUUGUAUAAAUUGACUAUUUUAGCACAGUUUUUAAAGAGCAGAUUCCUUUUGACAAGUUUACAGUGAACAUAAAAGACAGUUCUUUUCCAUUUCAGGUCAACUGCACUUUUUAAAAAAUUAAAAAGAAAUUAUUCAAAUCCAGUGCAUUCUAGAGCAUGUGCUGGGUUCCGGUGUGUGUGGGUACCUCGGUACGUAUCCCGGAUCACUCCUCAGUCCUGGGACUCGGGAUCCUCCUCUGCUGUACACAGGUGUGUUCCCAUAGCAUAGAAAUCCCCAGAAAUCCCCAGAAAUUCCCAGUUCCCCCUGGAGCCCGGCCCAGGAGAGGUUCAUGCACAUAUCACAGCUCGGCUUAGGAAAGGAUCUCUCAUUUUCUGUUCUGAAGAGUUCAAACUGCCCACAGUGAAAGCAGUGUGAGAAAACUGAGCAUGGAAGUGACAGAACGAGCUGAUGAAAUGCCAGGUUUAUGUUAAUUCCACCUGAGGCACCAGGUGUGUUGGGUGGAAAGUCUCACUGAAGGAAAGAUCUAAUCCUGAGCUGUCCCACAGCUUCAAGCUGGGCCCUGCCCUGGGUGUUGUGCUGGUUUGUAAGAGAGAGGUCAGGGCUGAACUUAAGCUGUUUUUCCAAUUCAGUGACCAGCUUAGAGAAGAUUUUUCUUCCCAUCUACAGAGGUACAACUCUCACAGUCCCUGAAGACAGUGGAGUUGUGCCUGUGGAAGUGGGAGUAGAAGUUGUGUGUGGUUUCUCGAGCGUGUGUGGCUGUCAGAUCACCACGGAGUUCCUUGGAGAAAAGUAGUACAAGUGGCUCUGUUUGCUUCUGCAUGAGAGCUGUGUUUGCUGCACAGCUUGUGCAAACCCUGGCUGACCACCUGGGGCUGCUGCAAAGGGAAAAUGCAUUCUGGAAAAUAUCCCCUGAGAAAGUGCUUUCUUUCAAUGAUUUUUUUUUAUUUUCUCCCCCCGUUUAUUUUCUAAAUUAUUUUGUGUAAACAGUACCAACCUCUCUGUCAUUCCUAUUGAGCAUCUCAGCUCCUCUGUAAGGAGCAGUGUCAGAGGUCAGUGGUUGAUGAUCUCGGAGGUUUUUCCAACCUAAAAUGAUUCCAUGAUUCUGUGUUUGGUAUUUAAAAAGUGUUUGGGAUAAAAAAUGUCUCAUCCCGUUGGCUGUGGUUCAGCUUUCCCUACAAUACCAUGCAAUGCUCGUAUUUUUCUCCUUGAUUUAGAAAAAAACCCUCAGAUGGUGUUAAAACCUUCUCACAGUUCUUGUGUAACUUGUUUUUACUUUUUUAGUCCCUGCUCAGUUCCAUUCUUCUCCUUCAGUUAUUUUCCAUGGCUGGAUUUCACUCUCACUCCCUGUCAGCAGACUCCGGUGCCGAUGUCCGUGAGGGGGGAACGGGUAAUCAGCUGGGAAACUGUGCCUCAAACCCAGAGAUUUUAUGUGAAAUGAAGGCUGUGUAUUGAUUUAGGGAAAUACAUCUAUUUUGGAAUGUGAUGGGAUGGCUGAAUAUCCUCAUUAUCCUGGUCCUUGCUUGCCCCAUCCAGUCUCCAGUGGGAGGGGCAGGAAAAGAUUUGGAUUUCUUUAGCCAGCUGAUUUAUUGACAGUUGAAAAUAGCUUUAUUUUCGUGACUUGUAUCUAACUGUGCAGCUAGGGGGGAGGAGAGGUUAUCACAGUGACAAACUCCUGAAUGAAGGUGGGAUCCCAGGAGGAAAUGGGGCUCUGUGUGGAAGUGACUGGAUGUGCUGGUGCAGAGGGAGAGCUGGAAUUGCACUCUCCAAACCAAAAAAUCCUGGUUACUGCCCCAGACUGCCCCUUCCUGGUGUAGCAACCGGAGUCUCUGAAGUUUUUGUUUUGGACAGAGAUUCCUGGUGGUGUUAAUUUGCAGGAGGGUCUUUGGCUGUGUGUUCAGGAUCCCUCGUUUAUUUGCUAAUUAUUUUGCAAAUUCACAAAACUGUUAAAGGAGCAUUUACUGCAGGGUGUUUUUUGUGGGGUUUGUUUUUCAAUCCUUCAUCCAAGUGUUGGCCAUCCACUUCUCCAAGUGUAAAUCUUCCUCCUCUUAGUUGUGUUUGAGCCUUUUGUGUUCUUGUCCCCGGUCCAGCAGAGGCUCGGCUGCAGGCUCACGGGUUCUUCCCUGAGUGCUGCUGUGAGAGAAGCUGGAGUAAUGCUGGAGUGGAUCCAGCUGGGACUGACAUUCCUGGUAUGUUCCCCCACCCCCCAGCAGGCUUCAAAAAAUCUUGGAGCAGGCUAAUAAUAGCUGGAAGUGUGUCUGGGAAGGGAAGCCUGGCAGGUAGGGAAAGAAGAGCUCUGGGGAUAGACCUUGGCUUAGUCACAUUUGAGUUUUCCUGAAUUUCUUGGGGCUGCCCUGAGCAGGUCCAGGAAUUGGACUCUGAUGAUCCUUGUGGGUCCCUUCCAGUUCAGGAUAUUCCAUGGUUCUGUGAUUCAGCACCUCCCCUUUAGAAACCCAGUGGAAGAUUUUCCUCUCCCAGUUCUAUCAAGGGGGAAAGCCCUGAAUUGUGAAGGUUGUGUUUGGCUAUGAGAUAAAUCAGGUGUUUGCAGCCCAGUGUGGAGGUGCUGGAAACACUGGUUUGUGCUAAAAAAGGCUAAUUUUGGUCAUGGUCCUGCCCGUGGUGGCCAGAGGAGCUCUGGGGCUCGAUGUUCCCCGAGCAGGAGCAGCCCUGGGGCUGGGGGUGACUCGGCAUCGUCAUUCCUCAGGUUUACAGUCAGCUCAUGAGGAAUGAAAUCCCUGGAGCUCUGAGUUGCUCUUUCCCUGGCAGCUGGUCAGCUUUAGGACCAGGUUCCUUGAUUCCAUGUCCAUAUCCGUGUCCUGCAGCCGUUGGCACGGCGCUGUCACCUCCCAGCACGUGGCAGUGACACGGCCCCUCCGCCUCUGAGGUGUUUGCACCCGAAAUAUCCCCAGAGGAAGGACUGGUGGAAGUGUACAGUAGACAAUAAAUAAUUCUAGCUGUGUUGAUUAAUAUAAGGAAUGAGUCAGUUCUACAAAUUAAAGAGGAAAAAAAAAAAAAUCUGAAAAGCGUAUUUUGACAAAGCAUAGUAUUAAUUUUAAUAUUGUAAAAAAAAAAUAAGGAAAAUAUCUAAAAUAUACAGAGAAAAUAUGUAUAUCCAAAUGUCUGAGGAGUUUCAAGAUAAUCUACUUUUGUUUCCUGUUGGUUUCUAUUCCAUGGUGUACAUAUUGUGUGGAUGGAACAUUGGCUGUUUUAAUACUAUUGUUAAAUUGUAUUUUUAUUUUGUGUUAAACUAAUCAUCACAGACUCAGCUUUAUUUUGUUUAUGUAAAGGUUGCUAUGCUCUGUAGGUAUAAACCCGAGAAUUCUAUUUUAACAGAAAAAGCAUUUUAUAUUAUUUAUUAAAUACAUGUUUCUCCAACUUCUUACAUUCCACAGAAGUUCUGCUCCUUGUAUGUAUGGAAGUGGCAGCUCCUUUCAAGCAGGAUCAGCCAGCUUUAUUCUGUUUUUCAUGACAAAGUAGGGACGGAUUCCCUGAGGCUGUGCAGCCAUUCUCUCCCAGCACAGGGACUCCAGGCUCUGUCAGGACCAUCUCAGGUGGCUCCUGAAUGCAGAAACACCUGGAAAACUCCUGCAAAUCCACCCCUCGAUGGGAUAUUUCCACAUUUCUCCUUUAUCCCUCAACAUUCCCAGAGCAAGUGUUUAUUCACAGGAGUCUGUGCUGAAUUAAAGAGAAUUAAUGACCUAAAUUGGGGCAAAGAGUCAGUGUGGUGUUUGAUCCAGCUCAGCCAUCAGGGAAUUGCAGAGCUGUGAGGGGAAGGAGCGAGCGGAGGGAGAGCCUGGAGCGCUGGACACGGGGCUGGGCUGCAGGAGCCAAAAUGUCCUUACAGGAGAUGGGUUUGGUGUUUGAGGGAGAUCAAAAAAAGCCCUGAGGCAGGAGCAGUGCCUGUCCUAGGACAGGACCCUGCAGGGACUGUCCCUCGGGGCUGUGGGGAGGGUGACACCCAGGCAGGACCCCCCUGGCUGUGGUGCCAUCCCUCCAGGAGCUGCCUCUGCUGGGCACAUCUGGGCACAUCUGCAAAGCCAAGCCCAGCACCUCCAUCCCCAGUGAGGUACAGAAAUAGCCCUAAAUUCAUCAGGUCACUCAGCUUCCCAAAUGAGUUCCAGUUGUGAGCAUGGGCUGUGCAGUUUGAGGAAUACUCAAGGUAUAACAUUGUGUGCUCAGAGGUCUGUGCUGGUCAGGGCUGAUCCCCGUGGCAUUUCUGGGGUGAAGUGUGACGUUUUCCUGCUGCUGAAGUUCUCACUGAGGGGCUGCCUGGGGCAGGGAGGGAUCCUUGUUGUGCUCCCCGGAGCACUCUCUGCCUUCUUUCCCAUUUCCCUCUCUGAUCCCAUGGGAUUUUGGGGUGAGCUGUUCCUGGAGGGAAGCAGGGAGCUGGUGGUGGGUGGGACUGUGCCGAUGGCAUUGUGGCUCUCUAGUGUCACCCCUGGAAAGGUGCCCUGGUGGGGACAGUGCUGAGACCCGUGCUGCUGCCCUGGGGUGUGUCCAGGCAGGGAUUUGGCAGAGAACCUGGGGACAGCUGCAGGAAGGUGGCCUUGUCCAGGGCCAGGUUGGUCUGGGUUUGUGUGACACGCUGUGUUUCCAGGCUGGAAAAGGAGAUGGGCUGAGGUUUGGGCUGGGAAGAAGCUUUCCUGUUGGUAGCAGGCAUCUUCUCCUCAGGGAGAAGGGAGAGAGCAGACAGUGGGUGAGAUGGCACAAGAAAAUCUGUGUGAAAAACAGAAUAAAGCAGGAGCAUCCUCGGAGAGGGGAUUUGUGAGCACUUCCAGUGCCUCACUCGGUCUUUUAAAACAAAAAGGAGCAGAUUCACACGAACAGCUACUCGCGAUGAAGGAAACGAUCGAAAGAGAACCUGUCCAAAAUGUGUAAUUAAUGGCAAGCAAAGCCAGGAUCUGUAAAUAACUUUAGAUAUUGUAUCGAUGAGAUCAUUCCUUGUUUUAUGUACUUGGCUCUUUCCAUAUUUAUUGUGGGGAGGAGGGUCCCGGUGCCUGUGAGCUGUGGCCUCGCUCCUCACGGACUGUCCCGGAGUUUACAGCCCCGUCGUGGCGGGUGUGCCACACUCGGUUCUUGCCGCCAGUAUUUUUUUAACGGAUUAUUUUGGCACAGCUAAGCUGCUUCUGUGUGUUGGUCAGUACAACUGCUCUCCUACGACCAGACCCCAAUAAAAACCGUCCUUUGCGUGUG